UGUCACACCUAUGCUAGUUAGUAGGUAGGUACCUACAUAGCACAUUGCAACCUAUCUACGACUUACAAAGGUCAGCGGAAGCUCGCUACAUUAAAUUUCCAUCUACACCUUAAAACACGGAUAGGUAGAUACAACUUGUACAUAUAAGAUAGGUGACGUUCAAACCACCAGUGCCUUUUUACGAAGAAAUAGGUAACCCGUUACUAUCAAAACACAAUUACAUAGUAAAAUGGUUGAACACGUCGUGGUCACGAUAAAUGAAGGAAGAGUUCGCGGAGUAAAAGAAACAUCGCGAUUUUCUCACGUCGAAUAUUACGCAUUUUACGGCAUCCCUUAUGCACAACCACCUGUGGAUAAUUUACGGUUUCAGAGACCGAAAAAAGUUAGACCUUGGAAAGAUGUACUUGAUGGAAGAACUCCCAAAGGAGGCUGCACGCAGUACUCUUUAUACGUGUUUAAUUUUAUUGGAAGUGAAGAUUGUCUGUAUGUGAAUGUUUUCACUCCAAAAUUGCCCAAAAAGGACCGAACUUUGAAACCUGUCAUUGCGAUGAUUCAUCCAGGGGGUCAUCAGUGGGGUACUCCGGAUCCUAGUGAUUAUGGAUCGCCUGAUUUCAUCAUGCAUCAUGAUAUUGUGUAUGUGACCAUUGGUUACAGGCUUCAUGCGUUGGGAUUCUUAAACCUUGGUCUGGAAGAAUGUUCUGGCAACCAAGGAUUAAAAGAUAUAAUUAUGGGACUCGAAUGGAUCCAGUCAAACAUAAAAUUCUUCAACGGCGACCCAAAUAACGUAACUUUACUGGGAAGCAGUAGCGGAGGCUCAGUUAUACAUUUUUUAAUGCUUUCACCAGCAGUAAGAGAUGGAUUAUUCCAUAAAGUUGUGAUAAUGGGGCACUACAUUUUCAAUCCUUCGAUAAGUUUUCGCGAAGAGCACCUCGACGUCGCUGAAAGCCUCGCACACAGACUCAACUACACAGAUGAAGAUAAAAACUACAAGAAAAUGUUGAAAUUUCUUAAAUCCGUACAAUAUGACAAAUUUGCACAAAUAAUGAAACUCUACGAGAGCAAAAGCGAUACAACCAAAGCUGCAAUAUAUCCUAGCGGAAUGUUUUUACCCACCGUUGACCACGGCAAAGACGCCGUCUUACCAGCAUCACCCAGAGAACUCAUGCAUGAUAUGAAGAAAAUCCCCAUGAUUUUUGGUAUAUGCGAGAAAGAGGCAGCCAUAGGUUUUUGUAAAAAACUCAGACCAAACACAGAAAAAUAUUUUUAUUCGAUUUGGUACCAAAAUCCCUGGGCAUGGUCAGCGAAAAUUGACGAAAAAGGUAGAAAUUAUAUCACUCAACAAGUCCAGUCUCAUUAUUUGAACGGCCAAGCUGACAGCAAAAUACCUAUAUCACUCGCCAUAGACAUCCUGACAGAUGCAAUUUUUUGCGACGUAUACGACUCAUUAUUGGAUCUAGUUUCGAGCGAAUUACCCGUUUAUGUCUAUAAGUUUCAGUACGACGCCGAAUGUGGAGGAUUAAAAAAUAGAGUUUUCUAUUUGAUACAAGAUCACAUAGAUGGUGCGAUACACUCGGAUGAUUUUGGGUAUUGGGCUCUCAUGCAUAAACCAGUUAAAGAAAAAACCGUCCAAGUUAUAGAAAUGUUCACCAAGCUUAUCUGUACUUUUGCUCGGACUGGGGAUCCAAAUUACGAAAAUUUGGGCGUACAUUGGAGACCAACGACUCCGCAGGAACAGUGUUAUUUGAACAUAGACGACAAUAUUCAGUUAAUCGAAGGCAAAUUGAACAACGACAGGAUGGAAUUUUGGAAUAAUUUAAGAACGAAUGUUUUAAAAAUAAAGGAAAAUUAGUUAUCA